AUGCACAAGCGGGCCUACAGCGAGUCGGGGGCCCUGUCGAAGAUCGCGCAGAGAGGCGAACGAGAGAGGGGCCUACCUAGCGAGUCGAACGGUUUGCCUAGCCAGACGAACGGUUUACCUAGCCAGACGAACGGUUUACCUAGCCAGACGAACGGUUUACCUACCGAGUCGAAUGACCUACAUAGCGACCCGAACGCGCGCACGCACAAGCUCGAAAGCGUCGUCGUGAGGAUAAAAAAGCUGGAAGAGAGCGAAAGACCCACCUUGCACGCGGACCCAAAAGACAAAACGGUGCUCUACUUCGAAAAGGACUUCGAAAUCGAGCAGUACCAUUUUGAUAUGGUAUUUGGCACAAACGAUGAUAAUGAAACGGUUUUUCGGGAGAUUGGGGGACACACGAUUGUUAAGAACGUCUGUAGAGGAUUUAAAGAAACGAUUAUUGCCUAUGGGCAGACAGGUAGCGGGAAAACAUAUACCCUCUUCGGGUCGAAUGGAGAGCUAGGGAUCGUUCAUCACUUCUUGCAUCACUUAUAUAGAGUGAAAUGCGGAGGGGUGAGGAAGAAAACGAUUUACUUGAGCUUAUAUGAGGUGGUUGGGGACAAGCUAAUCGACCUCAUGACGAAUGUGAGCGAGAGGAACGCUCAGUUCUACACGCAGGAAUUCUUUUUGAAGACGGUGCGGCACUCCUACAAGGUGGUGAAGAUUGCCAGCUUCGAGAUGGCCAAGAAGCUCAUCGACGCCGCCUGCCUCAUGCGCCACGUGGAGGCCACCUCCCAGAACCGCAGGUCGAGCCGUUCCCACGCCAUCAUCCAGCUGUUCGUAAACAUCUCCGAUUUGACCCACCACGACGGCAUGGAGACCACCCGGGACUACUACGGCGUCCUCACCUUCGUAGAUCUGGUGGGGUGCGAGCGGGAGGAAUUCAACACGCAGGCCAGCCAAAACAGGAGCGAACAGACGUCCGCCAAAUUUCUGAACUCAUCGCUCACCUCGCUCAACAAGAUGCUUCGCAAGAUGCAGAUGGGCAACCUGGACGAAUCGGACAAACGGCAAAGCGUGCUGUGCAAAGUCCUCUUCAACUACAUCAAGAAGACCUGCGGCGUGUGCCUCAUCUUUUGCUUCAACCCGCGGCAGUGCCAGAAGAGCCUGACCAGCUCCACGCUCAUCAUGGCCAGCGACUGCAGAAAAAUAAAAAGCAAAAGGAAGCAGCUGAUUUACGUGAAGACCGAAAACAGAGACCACUUCUUCAAAGGAAUGACUCAUGGGGGGAGCCCCCAGCCAAGGAGGAGCGAGGGGGGCUCAUCAAAGGAGACGUCGCCAGGGAAAGGAGCACCUUCCAAGGGUACCGCUAUAGGCACCCCGAUCACCACCGCUAACUACAACGCUACCCGCAGCGAUGCCAUGAUGGUGGUCGUCCACCCCGACGCGCACAUCCUAACCUUGCGGAAGGGGCAGGAAAAGCAGGAGGCGCUCAAACAGCUGGUGAGCGAGCUGAUUGGCAUAAAAGAGGAGGAAGAAAAGGAGAGGGAAAAAGAGAUGCGGCAGCUGCAGAGCGACGUCGACAGGUUAACCAAGGAGUGUUCCCACUGGAAGAGGCAGGCCCAUCACUACCACCACAAGUUAAGAGAGCUACAUAGGAAUUAUAAAAAUAUUAGAGAGUUGCUAUAUAACACUUUGCAUAGUGGUGGCAAUGACAUAUCGGUGGGAACGUUCGGCGCAUCCUCUUCGUGCCUUUCUUUGGGUCAGCCAGAUGAGGACAUCUCCUCCCCCCCCCUUGGUGGGGAUAUACCCAUAAAGGAGAAUGAACCCGUUAGGAAAGAAACUCUCUUCUGGGGGGAAAAAGAAAUCUCUGAAAGGAAGGAGCCACUCAGAAAGGGAGAUAUACAAACGGGGGGCAUCACCUCCAAUGAAAAAAAGAUUUCUAGUGUGUUAUCUAGCCAGGCAAGCAACCGGAGUGGCCUCUCCAAGGGGGAGGGUUCUUUUAAUGGGCCAAAUCAAAGAAGGAGAGAGGAGAACAGCGGUGGCUACUCCCAUCACCUGCAGAAUGGGGGGCACUUAGAAGCAAACGCGUCGGUAAGGCGGAGAGAUAACAAGGAGGGGGGCACACAGAGACAGGGGAGUUACGUAACUGUAGGGGCAUCCUCACCCACGUACACACAGCAGGGUUAUAACCAAGAGGAUGAUCUCCACCAAUACGCUGACGCGAGGAACUACGAGCGGGCAUUCAUCAAAGGGAACAGCUCUGCAAAAGUACCAACAGGAGGAGGGACCCAAGUGGAGCCGAAGAGGGACGUCCGGAAUGCCCACCAGAUUACCAUCGACUCGCUCACAAACAAAAUACGCAAUCGGAUUUUGAAGUCCCGGAGCCUCUCCACGGCGGGGUGA